AGUAGGUUUUAACUUAACCACAUUUUAAAAUAUACACAUUGCAUCAAAUGCAAAGAAUGUUAAAAAGCAGAGAAUAUAGAUGAAACCCAGCUUCAUUUUUUCAUUUUUUAAACAUUUCAUAUUAUUGGAUUUUCCAUUAUAGGUGGGAUAUUAGCUAACCAUUUAAAGUUGAAUAAAGAAAAGGUGAGGAUUGUGGGCCGUAGUGGGGUAGGAAAAUGGAGGUAGAAAAAGAGAGUUGACUGCGAGCGUACUGUUAGCUUCUGCAGUCUUUUUUAACUUCUUCUAUGAAAUGAUUGAAGAUAUAAACUUUGUACAAGAUUCUAUAUCUAGGAAAUUUAAUUGAUUCAAGUUUCACUUUCAGUGGUGGUGGCAUGCCAGUUUAUCUUGAACCAGCUAGUGCUCUUUUCCUGAGGACAUUUUCCUUUAUCUUCUUACACAAUCAUAUUUGCUUCUUUUGUGUUUUAUGGUUGCAAUACAUCAUCAAUAUAGGUAAUCUAACUUUUAUGCUUCAGUUCUUGUUUCCACCCUUUUUUUUUUUUUGUCUGUGUGUGUGUAUUGCACACUUGUAGUCCAUUUUUGUUGUAUCUGUUACCUAUAUGUGUCAGUACUAUCUAAACAAAAGGUCCAGAACCAUAUAUAUAAAAUGUGAAAACCUUUGGUCAUUCUCCAUUCAAUUAAUAAAUUUGAUGCCUAAAAACAAGGUGCCCCAUGCAUUGAUGUAAGUGAAAUAGCCCGCUGAAUUUUAAAGAAGAGAUUGGAUCACCAUGCAAUGAGUUCUACUUCGACGGUUCUACCUCCACCAGAAGACCUCAGCUAUUAAAUUUAGGUACCCUUUUGGUUGAUAUUCAAACCAAUAAUGAUAAUUAAUGGUACAUUAUUCUAUCAUGGUUGAUGUUGGCAUGCAAGAGAUUUGCACCUCAAUUAUGGAUCUCAAGUGAAUUAGCUUUUUUCUUUUGUGAAAUGUUUGAUCAAAUUAGGGGAGCCUUUUAUGCAUGAAGUUGACUUUUAGCCCUUUUUAAAAUAUAAAAUAAAAAAAGGGGAAGGUUUGAUGAAAACCCAUUAAUAGAGAUCUUGGAUAUUGUCCAUGCACCAAAAGAAAACAAAAAAGUAUGCACCUACCUAAUCUACUUUGUUAGAUAUAUUUGCAUUUGAAGUUGACUUUAUAUGCUGAGGAUAGAACCAAAUUAAGCCCACCUAGGGUUUCAUCUACAUUACCUUCCAAAUUAUAUUGUCUUUCUCCAUCUGUGAUCAUGCACAGUUUCCUCCACCCCCACAUAGGUAGUUAUAAUUACUAAUCCCUUUAGUCUUUCUUUGCGAUGAUGAUGUAUGUACACAGUCAAAAGCUGUUUCACCCAAAAAAGAAAUUAAGAUUUUAAUUGAUAAUACAGAUGAAAUUGACCAUAUAUGGUUAUAUCAUACAACUUUCCUAAUGAAAUUAGCUAGGAUUGAUUUUCAAAAAUCUUCUCCCCGGAUAAGUUGAAUGAUUUUCAGCAAAAUUAUGAUUAAUUAUAUCUAAGACGCCAACUUCCAAUUAAUAACUAUAAGAUCGAAGAUCAACUAUCAUGUAACAUGUAAGCAUGACUCUAGCAUCAACCCAUGAAUUUCCCAUUUUCUUAUUGCAAAUUUUAAAAUCUUUUGUUGUCAUGUACAUCUGUCCUCCAUUAACCAAUUGUAUAGAUCGUUGUUGUUCAUCUUAUUCAUAAAUAUGAAAAUUUUUA